ACGACCCGGCAGAAGGAAGCCCGCCGGAUGCUUCUCAACGGACGGUCUCUCCCUCCUAUAUUUGCGAUGCGGAGCGGUUGGAACAGCUUCUCAUUCCAAAAUCCGCACAGCAAAAAUCACUUAGCUAGAGAGAAAGAGAGAGAUGGCGGAGCUGUUCGUGAAGCAAGCCCAGCAAUACGUGGCGGCUCGGCCGAGCUAUCCGCCGCAGCUCUUCCGUUUCAUCGCCUCCAAGACGCCCGCCCGCGACCUCGCCUGGGACGCCGGCACCGGCAGCGGCCAGGCCGCCCAAUCCCUUGCGGAGAUCUACGGCAAUGUCGUGGCCACGGACACGAGCCCGAAGCAGCUCGAGUUCGCCCCGAGGCUCCCCAACGUCCGGUACGAGCUCACUUCCCCGGUCAUGUCGAUGGCCGAGCUGGAUCGGAAGGUCUCGGCCGCAUCGAGCGUCGACCUCGUGACGGUCGCGCAAGCCCUCCACUGGUUCGACCUCCCCACUUUCUACCGCCAGGUGAAGCACGUCCUCAAGAAGCCCCACGGCGUGAUCGCCGCGUGGUGCUACACGAUCCCGGAGGUCGACGGCCCAGUCAACUCCGUGUUCCGCCGGUUCUACUCCGUGGACUCGAAUCCGUACUGGGACCCGGCCCGGAAGCUGGUGGACAGCGAGUACAGGGGCAUCGAUUUCCCGUUCGAGCCGGUCGAGGGGAUGGAGGACACGGGGCCGGUCCGGUUCGUGACGGAGAGGACCAUGGGGGUGGAGGAUUUCCUCACGUACAUAAGGUCGUGGUCGGGGUACCAGACGGCGAAGGAGAAGGGCGUGGAGCUCCUGAGCGGCGACACGGUCGAGAGGUUCCGGCGGGCUUGGGCGGAUGACGGCGAGGACAAGAAGGUCGUCAAGUUCCCGGUUUUUCUCAAGAUCGGAAGGGUGGGCAGCGCGUGAGAAUCGCGCUUACAAAUUUGGCGUGCGAAUAAAAUAAUGCGGCGUGCGAAUAAAAUAAUGUGGGGCUAGGAGCCUUCAUUUGACUUCUGCAUCACAUUAUUUGCAAUGGCGACACCUUCCCAUUUGACCUUAAA